AUGUUUGGUGUGUACUCACCUUUAAGACAGCCCUCGCCUUUAAAUCCCGUGUACAAAGGCAAGCGCCUGUCGGCAGACUGCGUGCGCUGCGCUCACACUCCGUACCCCACCAUGGCUCCAAACCCGCUACUGCUACAGCAGAGACAGGACGGAGAAGACGAGCCACCGGCCCUUCGCUUACCCAUCCAGAGGCGACCGCCGAGCUGAGACAGCGGCUCGGCGUAGAGGAGGGGGGCAUCCCGAAAGGAAAACGUCCUGCUGCCACCUCCUCGAUGUCUUCUCCAAGACCCUCGUACAGCAAUUUGACAAAGGGGGGUGCGACCCGGCGCAGCGGCGGCAGCAGCAGAGACAUGAGCCGGGAUUACACCAUCAACCUGUCGGUGCGGCAGGUUUUGGGUCUGUGGGUACAGGGCUCGGUGCCCACCCUCCAGCACUUUGCAGAGAUGUGGUACUGGGUGUUCCUCUGGUGUCUGUUCUCCUCUCUGCUGGUCCAUGGUGCAAUGGCGCUGCUCAUGCUGGUCACUCUGCAGAGACACAGGAGGGGCCGGCUCAUCACCCUGCUGCUGGUCAGCGUGGGCUUCCUGGCCUCCCUCAUCGGAGGGGUCAUCACCAGUGCGGCUGUGGCCGGUGUGUACCGCGUCGCUGGGAAGGACAUGGUGCCUCUGGAGGCCUUGGUGUUUGGGGCGGGGCAGACGGUCCUCGGCGUCCUCAUCUCCUUCUCCCGUGUGCUCGCCACGCUCUGAGCGGGCGCCUCCCCCCGGCCGUGGAGAGGGGAGGGGCUCGGCGCUGCAGCCGGACCAAUGGGAGCCCUGGGAUAGAGCCAUAGAGAGGAGCAGCAGCCAGCCUAUUGGCUGAGAGGGCAACACUCUGGUCCGGGAAAGGCGAUGUAGGAGAUGGCAGAGAUGACGGUUGAAGUUGGUGCUGAGCUUCUGCUCCACAGCGCCCCCUGCCUCUCUCUCUGCUCAAGCGCGGUGACCCCUGGACCGGCCAUCCCAGCAUGCACUUCACCUGACUGACCUUGCUGCCAGAGCUGUGACCUCUGACCUCAAAAGGAGGCGUGUGGGACGGAAGCAGGAAGUGCUUUGGGGCGUGCAUCGACUGCGCGUGCGUUUCUGCUGCGUCAGCAUUCAGCGCGCCCCUGUCUGACACCAAUCAGCUGUCCGACAUCAAUACAUCUCCCAGAAUCCUUUUCUGCGAAAAAAGGGAGAUAACAAAAGAGAUUUCCUGAAACAUGUUGCGUUAGGGUGAAAUGCUUUCACUAAUAACAAAAUCUGUAUUUUAAAUUAUUUUCUUAUACGACAGCUUGUGAAGUCAGGCUUUGUCGAAAAAUGGAAUCCUGACGGAUGUUGGAGGACCAGUGUUGGACAGGGAGGUGAUGGGAUUGGCCACGCAUGCCCAGGACAGCCCGGUUAUCAGUGUUAAAACAUUUUCAGAACUAACGGCCAGCUCCACCCUUCUGGAAAGUUCUAAAAAUGUGUAACAAGUCCAUACCCCCCUUUUGACUCUUAUAUUUAUAGCUCAUGAAC